CAUUAGUAGAAAUUCUCCAUCGCAAGAAGGUACUUGGCGCUGUGGAUACGAUUCUCCAUUCCAGGAACUCUACCAUUGUGACUUAACUGUAUACCAUCUCCCAGAUCAAGUGACGUGCAAGUCACCAGAGCUGAGACAAGUAGGAAACCAGUACGUUGUGGUUGUAAAUUGUUCAGCUUCGAAUUUUUUCCCCAAAGUCAAAUGCACUUUUUUCAGAAGAAUACCAUUGAACAAAGAUGUAGAAUUACAAGCAUCAUUUUAUCGGCUAACAAUGUCAAUAGAUGAGCCAAUAUAUUUUAACAUUGAUUGCGGUUUAACGUACCCAAUACAAGAUGAUUCAGCUCGAAAUUUGACAUUUUUCCUUAAAGUGUCAAUGGACUUUAAUAAAACAGUUGAUAGCAAUCAAGUCUCCAUUUUUCUAAACGCUCCAAAACCAACCCUGUCAGAUAAAUGUUUUUCUGUGAGAGAGGACAACGUGUUCUGGCCCAAUGAGACCAUCCACUGUACCUGUGAAAUGAGAGACAUUGAUAAUAGUACAAUUGAUGUUACUUGGUAUUAUGCCGAUCAUCCUGAGAGAUUUUUCCAUAUGGAAACAGUGCCCAUUGUUUACGAAGACGGUAAGGACACUAGGUUUUUAUGUCAAGUAACCAGCCAUUCUGGAAAAGUAUACAACAUUAUAUAUGUACCUAAUUUUGCAGAUGCCGCUAAAGUAACACUGUUCACCGCAAACGGAGAAAGAGACAUCAAUGUUGUGAACGGCACGGUUGUGGAGUUUAACUGCGAGGUGGACAGCAAACCACGUGGUACAGUUUACAUCACUGACAGCUCAGGUCAACGACUGGACGGUACAUCGAAACUUUUGACCUGCGAUGACACGGGGACCUACACAUGUCAGGCGUUCAAUGAGAUUUUUCCCAAUCAAAUCUCCAGACAAUACGUGCAUGUAACUGUCCCAUGCGAUCACUGGCUAGAACAAAUCAUCACAACCGGUUCUAAUAUUCAACGAAUCUACGCUGGCACUGGUGAAAACUUUAGCAUAUAUUUUGAGCUGAGUAUGGGAAACACAACAAUAACAAAGUAUGAAAUUAAUAAAAAUGGUUGGAAUAAGCCUAUAUUGAUGUAUAAAGAUAAAGAUGAAAACGCUGCAAGUGGUCGAUACCUCAUUCAAUUUAGGCCUCUGACUGAAACACAUAACAAAAUCACAUUAACUAUUUUUAACAUUGAGAGUGUAGAUUUUGGUACCUAUACUCUCAAAAUUUAUGAUAACAACGCUGAUGUAGUGGAGGCUAAAUUACAAAUUAUAGGGAAUACAACUGUUGACGAUGGUUAUGAAAUAGGAAUGUUUACCGUGCUGGCAGUUUUGAUACUUUCCAUCGUAGUUAAUGUGAUGUGUUUUUGUAGAAUGUAUCGACGCAAGAAAAGGAGAAAAAAAGAUCAAGUAGUUCCGAUCCAAGAACAUUUCAGCACGGCUACUGAAGAAUCAGAACUUUUGCAACAUAGCGUCGUGCCCCAUCGAGAUAUCAAAGAAACAGCUGCAACUGUUCGAAAAUCAACAUCUUCAUUUAAUGAAGGAUCUACUAGUGGACAUCAGGAUAUGCACAAUAAUGCUCAAACUAUACCAAAAGUACCUUAUUCAUCGAAUCGAGGUAAUGUAAGUUCAGUUGCAUAUCAGGAACGUCAAGACUUGCUAUCCAUCAAUCCAAUAAAUCCAAGUUCAAGUUUUACGUGAACUACGUCAUCCCAAGCCUGCAAAUGAACGUAACACAGGGUGAGAACAAAAGGACUUUCCAGCCAUUGGAGAUUUUCUGAAUUUCCGAAACUCAAUUUUCGUUAAUUUUUUCAUAGUAGUAGUGUGUUGUUUUUAAAAUAUAGAUGUGUAAAUUAUCAUAAUUAUGUAAACAUAGGCCCAGGGGCGUAGCGAGGGGGGGGCGGGGGGUGCGGACCGCACCGGGU